AUGGAUGUCUGGCGGAAUGCCCGCACCUAUACACUCACGCCCCAUGUAUCGGCCAGGACAGCCGCAUUCAGAGGCAUAGUAACAACCUCUCCAAUACGGCGCCUCUUAUAUUUCAGACGAGUUAGACGAUCUCUUCGAAGAUACAAGAAUGGAAUAGCGACACGACCACCACCUAUCCGUAUCCUUCACACCAUCGAACACGAGCACCGCGCACUCGAAAAUCACGCGCACAAAAUCUUGAAUUCAGCAGACCCUGAUGAGCGAACCAGAUAUCAAAACCUUCUCACCUGGGAAUUAGCGCGUCACAUCGUCAGCGAAGAGUUAGUCGUCUACCCCGCCCUCGCCAAACAUGUAGAUGAUGGCCAGGACAGAGCCGAUAAGCGCCGCAUCGAGCAUCAAACUAUAAAAGAGCAGCUCAAUGCCUUUCAGGGCCUUCGAGCGACGGAUCCGCGAUCUGGACCAACUCUCGAAGCCUUGCUUGAUGAUUUGAAAUAUCAUUUCGAGCAGGAAGAGAGUAGUGAUCUCCCAGCGCUGGAGGAUGUGUUGUCUCAGGCUGAUAGCGAGGCGUUGACAAAGUCGUUGGAUCGAACGAAGAUGUUUGUACCUUCUCGAUCGCAUCCUUUGGCGCCCGAUAAACCGCCAUUUGAAACAGCCGUGGGGCUCUUGACUGCGCCGAUCGAUAUGGUUGCUGAUAUCUUUCGGAAGUGGCCGCAUCGUGAGAAGAGGUAG